UGCAGAGGCAUGUUGGGCUCUACUGCUAAUGGUCGUUUAAUGGGCCCUGGUGUUGGUUCAUCAACGUCGUCGUCAUCAUCGUCGUCGUCGUCGUCACUAUCUGCCGCUGUCGCACUGCAACAGCAGUCGCAACACACGCCACAGCAACAGCAACACCCGCUUGCCCACCAUCCGUAUUCGGCCCUGCCGUCCCACCACCAUCACCACCAUCCGCUGCAUCCACAGCAUCCUGCACUUGCUGCCCACCAUCACCAUCGGAGCAUAUGGCCAUCGUUAGGUGCAGCCACCGGCAGAUCUGCAUUCGAGCUACAAACCGCAACCAAUGGCGAAGUGACCGAAUCACUUUUUGCCGCCGGAGGAUAUAAUACACCGCCCGCCAGCUCACCAUUUCUGCCCUGCUCUCCAUUGGAGCUUGUGGCCAAAAAUUUUCACAGCACCACCGGAGCAGCCCUAUCCUUCAGCCAGGCUAACAGCAGCAUCUUCGUGCAGUCGCAAACCGAUUUCAUCAAUGGCACAACAGCGGUCGCGAAGAAAACCGAAACCUGCAUCGGACGGUGGGAGCACGGCCACAUAGAACCAUUGCAGAUACAGGUACCAUCGAACUCAUUUCUGCCAACCGGCGGUACCAACACCACCACCGGCAGCUUCGCACUCAAUUCUCCAGAGAGCGCUUGUUCCGGCGAACGAUUGCCAGUUGGUGACCUGCUUCACCAGUCGUACCGCCCAUUGAAGGCAGACGAGAACGGCAACCAUUACGACGCGUUCCUUCGCAGCUACUGCAUCGAGCGUGAGUUUCAUCGCCACGAACAGUGGCGGGCGUCGCUUGGCCCGGACGGUUGCAAGCCUAAACUUCACCUUCCACCCAUCGACGAUGCGAAGCUCCACCGGCGGGAGCAUUCGGAACGGUCGUCCACCUUCGAGACGCGUUUCGAUUCGACGGCUCUCCUGAGUCCGACCUCGCCCACCACAACGCCACCGUACUACGAGUACGGCAAGCUGAAGCGCAAGCUACACUCGCUGCUGCUCGAAACGGGCCACCCGGUCCCGGUCACGGCGUCGACCGUUAUCGAUGAUCGAUCGCCUGCCGGGCUUCUGCAGACGUCACACACUCCCCGGCAACCGGCUUCCGGCCCGGACCAGCGCCACCUUGAAGCGACACCAGCGCCGGAACUCACGGGCGCCCAGCAACCGGCCACCGGUGAGCGGCAGCAGUGUGAAACGGCCGCAUACAACGACGCCAUCACCACACCGACCCACAGUGAACCCACCACCGCGCCAUCGAGCGAAGCCGUCAAUCAUAGGCCACGGCGCCGUUGGGCAGCAUUGCAUUCGGCACACGCCAAAGCGAACGGUCACGGCAACGAGAACCGAGCACCGACGCCACCGCCACCCCGUUCGGGCGCGGCCGUUGUAGAAGCUGCUUCCCACGAGCCACCGGGACAGCAGCAGUCCGCCGCACUGCGGGCGGUGCAACGUCUUCCGAAGAAACGACGCUCGAUAAGAGUCGAUCGGAUUGAGGACUCUGCCACGGUCCACCGUGACACGGACAGCAAAACCGUUGUUCACAUCAAGCGUGAACCGUGCCAGGUGUCGGAAGUGACGACAUCGAACAGCUUCGAAGCGACCACCAACACGACGGCCCUGAAUGCCAUCAUAAAGAUCGAAGCAUCGUCACCGAAGGCCUUGACGGCUGCCGGUAGCACCAACGGCACCGGCAGUGCCCCAAACUUCCCCAGCAACAACUCGGCCGUCGCUAGAAGCAACCUGCUGACGAGCGCGAGCGCCAUCAUCAGCAACGUUACCGUGGGUGGCAGCGGUGGUACUGCCGUCAGUUCGAACAUCGGCACCAGCGGCGGAGGUGCCGCCAGCGCCGGCUCGAGCACCGUCGCCGCCACCACGAUGGAACAACUCGGGCUAGCGUCGGCCACCAACAACAGUCAACAUUCGGCAGCGCAUCACCAGUCCGGCACGGUGACGACCGCAGCCUCAUCGGCCUCAGCCUCCAUUCCCGUGGGCAUCGCGGUCGCCCGCCAGCGGCUGCAAGAAAGUUCGGCCACACCCGCGCCCCAGCUGCACCAAGGCAAGGAGCUGAAUCGGUACGGCUUAGGGCUGGCGGCUGCAGCAGCCGCGGCCGCCAAUGGUGGCUCCCUGAAUGGUACCGUCGGUACGACGGCUGAUUUGGGCUGCGCAACGCCCGGCCUAAGCCAGAACAUGUUUUUCACCGGCACCAACUCCACCAUGAUACCCCUCGCACCGGACGCGGUUACGAUGGGCGUGACCAAUGCGGCGGUUCAAAACGCCGUCCGCACGCCACCCGCCCUCUGGCAGUAUCCUGCUCCCGUCCCCAUGGAAUCGAUGCUACCAAUGCCCCCGAUACCACCGCCCGUUGGGUUCCAGCUGGUGCGUGAUCCCACCACCGGCCAGAUACUGUUCCUUCCAGCGGCGGCGACAAUCGCCAAUCCGUCAAACCUGCUAGAUAAAAUCUAUAUUUCUUGUAUAGAACCAUUCCAACAAGCGGUCGUGUGGCCCUCGUAUCCGCAAUCGACCGCAUCACUGCAGUCCCCGCAUCUGCUGCUGCCGCAACUGCCGCCACAGCAGCUCCAGCCGCCACCGUUGGCCCCGUUGCAGAUGCUAAGCUCGGACUAUCUGAGCACGGCCAGCACGACGCUCCAUCAGCAACACACGCAAACGCAUCACAGUACACGUUACCUAGCGCUGACGUCCGAAUCGAAUGGCAAACGGUCGUCCAUCGCGAGCGGAAAGCAAUCGCAAACCACCGGGACGGGAUCGAGUAGCUCCGGACCGGCCAGUACCUGCGGUCAGCCCACGAUCCCGCUUCCGAUUCCCGCUUCGCAUACCUUCAUCAAGAUCGAAGAUUGCUCCACCAGCGCGGGACUCCAUGCAGCCGGGUCGGCCCAUCUCGCGACGUCUCUGUUCGGGGCGUUGAAUGAUGUGGAUAAGUCAAACCCAUCGACUGUAUCGGCCGGGAACUCACUGGCGAGCGGAGCGGGACCUCAUUCUCAUCUUGCACUACCGGCAACCAGCGAUCUUACGCCGCAUCUGCUAUUCCAGCCGGCCAACCUAAUACACAUCGCACCACACCAUCCUGCCAAGGCCCAUUCCACCGGGCACACGCUGCUGGAAGCGUCAUCGUCUGCCGGUGGAACGCUCACUACUUCCGUGGCAAACCCAACGCCACCUCCGUCGGCACUGCCUACGACCGUAACUCCGGCCCUGCUGAGCGGAUUGAGCCAAACGGCAAACGUAAGCAGCGCUCCGCCACCGUUGGUAGCUACGUCGGUAUCUGCUACGACCUGUCUGACGCCUCCACCGGACACUACAUCCACCAUGCACGCACAGACCGACGCCACCGACGGUGCGGCCGUGUCGGUGCCGGAUGUAAUCGAACCACCGGAGGUACAGGACGCCAACAUACAGACGGAUACACCCAUCAUGAGUGAGGACGAGAGUACGCAGCCACCCGGUGGUACGGAUACGGAAACGACCAUCACCGAGGCGGCAGCCAUCUUGUCCACGGAAGCGACCUUGGCGUCGGCUUACCAAGCGCUAGCAAGCGAACAACCUCUGUGCCAUAGUACGCUUAUUAACAGUAGUGGCGAUUCCGCCAUCGAGCCGGAUAUGUCCACCUCCGGUUUGCUGAACGCCACGAACACUUCCAACUGUGAUCAGGUCGACAUGGAACUGGAGCCGACCAACAACAAAAGUGCACCACCAACGCCACCGGGUCCGGUGCAAAAUGAGCCGGAGAAUCUAACGGUCGGUGCGACUCCCAGUGGAGGACAGCAGCGACGGGUGCCAAAACUGGAAGUCCAUUCGCCUACCGGACAAGCUCCAACUGUUGUGGGAGGCACUUUUUCGACGUCCAGAAGUGAAAAGGACCCAACGGGACCAGCCCGACAGCAGGACCAUCCGGUGGAUCUGAGCGGAUUAGAGCUACUGUCCCACAGUAUUGAAGUUUUCCAAAAGAAAUCAUCGCUGAUCAAGAAGGAACCGAUCUCACCUCAGCUUCCAGCAGAUCCUCCGCUCAGUUUAGUGCCAUCCGUAGCUGCUACUCCAGCAGGUCCUCUUUGUCCGGAGCAGCUACCGCAGCAAUCCGCUGGGUCGUGCCAGUUAGCACCAGCCAUGGUUCCACCGACCGUCCCGGAGGCGUUCCUCCGCGCGGACGAACCGAUGGGUGGACUGAAUCUGCUGUGUGCCCUCGCAGAACAACGCUUCCAAGAGGAGGGUAUGUUCAAUAAAGAUUCUACGGCCACAUCAAGCAGCUCCGGUAGCAGCAAUAGUAGCGGCAGCAGCUACACAUCGACCAGCAGCUCCAGCAGUACGGCAUCGCCUCCCGCAUCGCCACCGAACACCUGCGGGAAACCCAUCACCCAGCAGGAGUUGCUGAGCGCCGGCAUUUCCAGCCACGCCGCCACUCUGGCAACUCUGAACGCUGCCGGUGCGCACGGCGGCAUGGAGGCCAAUUCUCGCAAGCGAAAGCACCACAAACAUUCCAAAGACUCGAACGGUAAAAAGUCGAGCAAAAAAUCGAAACACGAUAAGGAGCAGCGGCGGGCGGAGAAGCGCCGUAAGCAAAACUCGGCGGGCGGUACGUCCCCCGAUGGGGAGGGCGAUCUGGAUGCGGAGCUUAAGGAGAGCCUAACGCGGGUCAAGGCGAAGCUGAACCGGUGCAGCUGUAAGGAUGGUGAUGAGAAGGACCAUCGAUGCUGCCGCACGCAGUGGCCAUCGGCGGACGAACUGUUCAGUGUGAUCGAGUCGGACAUGAAGGAGCGCCUGGAGCGGAUAACGCGACAGUGUGAGGAGAAAAAGCGUGAGCUGGAACAGAUGAGUACGGCUACGGUGGCGAAGGUGAAACCGCUGGCCAACAACAGCAUGGUGCGCAUCCCGGAGAUGGGAAAGACGUUUUUCGGCGGAUUCGGUUCGGUGACGACUGCUGGCGGUAUGUUGAAUACGUUCGGUUCCGGCAGCGGUGUACCGGGGUCCGUGCUCGGGCAUGGAUUGGGAGGGCCAAAGUUUAGUACGAUCCCUGCGCUAUCACCCAAUUUUUCAUCCUCGUCCAACUCUACCACGUUCGUGGAGCUGCCCAAGCUGAGCUCGGAUACGGAUUCGAGCGGUAAGCGGGAAGAUGACGAUGCAUGCUCCAUGGAACGGUUGUCUUACUCGAAGCGCAAGGGAGGCAUCCCCAAGAAGCACGACGAGCUGACGCUGACCGAGACGAUCGUCGCGAAGAAGCCCAAGAGUCUUGUCGGGUAUAUACUCGCGUCGAAGAACACACGCGUCACGGACAGCAGCGUGAAGGAUGCGGCACAGCAUCAGAAGGUGGAGAAGCAACACCACAACCAUUGGAGCCAUGUGCUGCAUCAGAGCGGUACGAACGGAGCGGCCGUCGGGUUGGGUUUGCCCAAACAGCACCAGCACCAGCAGCAGCAGCAUCACAUCAGUGAAUCGAAGUUCAAGAAAUCGCCCAUCCAUUCGUCCAAGUUCGAGAGCACGACCAGCGACGACACUAGCAACCUUUCGGACAGCUCGCUGAAGCCCCAGGUCAAGAUACGGUCGCCCGCCGGCGGAGUGUUUGCGUUCGAGGACGAAAACAGCAAACCGUCGGAUGCGUCCUUCUCGAUCUUCGGCGGUAAACCGUCGAUCUUCGACAAGGUGAAGACGAACGCUACCGUCGGUCACCACCACCACCACCAUCACCACCAUCAGGUGGGUUCGCUCGUCGGUCUGAAAGUUUCCCCGGUGAAAGCGGCCGUCGUGACACCGCUGAUGAAGCCCCAGCAUCAUUUGGUCGGAACGGGAGGAGCGGCCACCAACGGUAGCUUGGUCGGUGGUCCGACGAUGAAGCGCAAGAAAUCACGCAGCAAGGACCGCAAGCGCCGCAGCUCGGAAAAGAAACGCAUCGAUCAGCGGUGUCUGUUGACCAGCGAGCAUCUCGGGAAGGACAAGACGCGCGUGCUCACCGCCAUGGGUGGAUUGUUUUAUGCUGGAUGUUUGAGCGCGGUCCAACCGCCGGACAUUUACGCAGUAACGCUCGAUGGUGAGCGUGGCAAUCGGCCCCACAUUAUGUCCCGCGAGGAAGUGUUGCGCGAUGCGAUAUUGGAAGUAGCGCCAAAAUCCGUGGAUGACAUCAUACCCGGGACACGGCUGUGUGCGUACUGGAGCCAACAGUACCGCUGUCUGUAUCCGGGUGUUGCCGCUGAACCCGCCUCACCCGAUCCGGAGAAACGCUUCGUGAACGUCGAGUUUGACGAUGGCGAUAAUGGGAAGAUCGCCCUCGAGGACAUUCGCUUCCUGAUGAGCGACUACCCAAUAGUCGAAUACGAUCCCAAUCCUCUUUUAUCGCUAGGCAAGCGUAAGCGCCAGCCAAGCCAUUCCGAACCGUGUCCCCAGAUCGGAACGCUCGGUCCGGCUUCUUCGCUGGUGUCGCACGGGACCACCAGUCAACCGGUUUCGCACGCCCAACCAUCCGCCACCCCGCUAACGGCCACCGUCACACCGAUGAUCUCGUCGUCCUCACCACUGGCGGGCGCGUCGACGAUCAACAGCUUCGCGCUAACGACGGAACGGGCCGAGAAGCGGCUGCACGACGAAGCGUACCGCGAGGAGCGUCGACGGUUGAAGAAAAUCCGCAAGGACAAACUGCGCCGGUUGGCGGCCAACAAUGCGGAACUGCAGGCUGCCGGUGGUGGUGGUGGUGGUGGUGGUGGACCCGUCCACAAGCACAAAAAGUCCAAAUCGAAAUGUUACGACGAGUUUUGCAAACAUCGCAAGCAUAAGAAGCGACGAAAGCAUAAGAAGCAUCACCGGGAAGCGGUUCCAUCGUCGCCGGAAGGGACGGCUGCCGAUGCAACCGGAUCGAUGGACGAUGAUAUCUCCCAGGGCGACAGUGCAUCGCAGACGGCCGGAUCAGUGCAGCGCGAGGGCAACGCUCCAGCCGCCGAGAAGGAGGACACACUAACGGAGGAGGAGGUCAGUUCCUCCGUAACGGAAAGCUCCGGCUCGUACUAUCAACCCCAAAAGAAAACCGCAGCAACGGAACGGAAACCAUCGACGGAGCAGAAUGGGAGCAAAAUUGCGGCCUUCCUGCCAGCGCGACAGUUGUGGGCCUGGUGCGGCAAAGGCUAUCGUCGUUCGGCGGGUCGCGUGAAGAAACAGUUCUACAAAUCCAUCCAGCGCGGCAAAGAAACCAUUUCGGUUGGUGAUUCGGCCGUAUUUCUCUCGACGGGACGACCAGAUCGGCCAUACAUCGGACACAUCGAAUCGAUGUGGGAAACGUCCACCAACAACAUGGUGGUACGGGUUAAGUGGUUCUACCAUCCGGAAGAAACACGCGACUGUCCCAAUCUCAAAUAUCCCGGUGCGCUGUUUCAAUCACCACAUGAGGACGAAAACGAUGUGCAAACGAUAUCGCACAAGUGUGAGGUAUUGGGGCUGCGUGAAUACACCGCCAAGUUCGGUGCCGAACCGAAGCAGUACACCUCGAUAUACGACAACAACGACACCUACUAUCUAGCCGGGUACUAUGAUCCGACGGUGAUGACAAUCAAAAUGCAGCCGGAGAUCGAAAUAUUGCCGCCGAACGAACGGUGGGUAACUACAGCGACGGGAACGACGGCCAUGGCGACAGCUACGACAACGGCCGCAGCAUCUACGAAAGCGGCCACAGCGCCUACCGCCACGGCAGGAUUACCAGUGAAGUCCAACGCUAGCAUCAGCAUCAGCAGCAACGGUAACACCAAAGCAAGCAAUAACACCGUUCCUGGGCCCAGUGUCGUUUCUGCUUGAACAGAUUUCAAGCCAAGCCCAUUUCUGACAACAAAUCCGUUAGCGGUAACGUUUGCUGAGGAAAUGGGCGACCCCUGUACAUAUUAAAACGCUCUACAAGAGCAACAGCAGCAACAGACGAAUGCAAACAGAGAUCACAACAAAAGCUCUAAACCAUAUACAAAUCAACCCAUUUAGUACAGUCACUUUGCAAAAGUGUCGAUAAGACGUCGCGUAGGUUAUUAAGUGCUAAGGCGGCAUACGCCGGGGACGGGGGAAUUGCGUUCAAAUUCGAUUUGACCAGCCAUGUUGUCACCCUCUGUCUCUGUAGAUAUAUGUGAAAUACUUCCUUAGUCGUAAGAAUGGAACUCAUGCACGGAACACAACAUAUUCGCCAUUUGAUAUUCAGCGUGUGUGUGUGUGUGUGUGUGUGUAGGGAAGGAAAAGGGCGCAUUUUUGUGGCAAUUAAUUUAUUCAUUAACAAAUUUCACAAUCAGCACGACGAGAGGGGAUUGUGUGUAAAUAGUUAACAGGAGGACGAAUGUGGAAGAACAGCAAGCAGACACACACGAAUCACGGAAGACGGGGGUAAAACCUUAUCAAUCAAUCAGUAGAGUUGAAUGUCUAUUUAAUAAUUGUUCCGUAAUAAUAGAGAUAACCCAUUGCCAAAACGAGGAUCAAACAAACAAAAAAAAACCCAAACUUGUGCGAUACAAAAUUCAUAGCAAGCAUGCAACAUAAAACAAAAACACAAGCAACGUGGCGUUGUCCUCGGGAUUGGGACUAUAUUUUUCUACACCGGUACACGAGCAGAAAGGACGUGGCGUGAUACUUGUUUUUCUUGUCGCAAGAGGUUGUGGCACGAUAGAAGAGGGCCGCGUGGGUUAUUAGCAGAAAACCAUGGAUGUGAUUUUACGUUUGUUCUCGCGUGAUGAGUCGCGCGUGGUGUUUGGCAAGCGUACCUUUUCGGAUGCAACCACAACAACAAAAAAGUACUAUUUUGGAUUAAAGCCUAAAGGGAGAAUCAUAAUAAUUAUCAAAACAACAAAAAAAAAACAACGUUUCGGAAGAGCUUUUUUGGAGAAAUCGACAUUACCUCUGAUAUAUACACAAAGUUUAUAACAAAAAGAAAAAAACAAAAGAGAAAACAAAAUUAUGAAGCAAACAGAAAAAAAAUUGAGCAUAUGAACGUAAGGUAAACAUUUGAAAGUUUAAAGAAGAUUACAAGAUACAAACACAAAAUUGAUACCACCAAAGUUUUUGGAGCCUGAGGCAACAAAACAAAUUCGAAGAGUAAAUACUACGCGUCAAAUCAUGGCUGUUUUUUGCUAUAUGUGAAGUGCAAUAUUUGGAAGUAAGAAAAAGGAGAGAGAGAUACACACACACGACAUGGGAGAAAACAAUUAUUAUGGAGUGUAGUUAGAAAUGUGCGUCAUUGAUUUCGAUUUCCAUUCUACCGAUUACGCGCUACAACACUCUUACUUUUGAAGUUCAUUCCAGAAGCACUUAGUUGUGAAGACGACAUGGUCAUAUUCGGACACAAGUACAUAUUAUCAUGCUCCUAGUGUAUGUUAAAUCAAACCAUUCGCUUACUCCAUAGCAACAUAGCAACAGAUGAAUACUUGAAUGUAAAAUCCAGCAACGGCAAACACACCUUAUUCGAAACUAAUGGGUUCCUAAAACAAACGCACUCAAGCAGAGGAGAGUAGUAGGGACGGUUUUAUCAAUGCGUAAUUUUAAUAUCAGCCUAAGGAGGGUGUCAUCGAAAAAAAAGGCAUGUAAAUAAGUUUCUGUACAUUAGGGUCACCUGUUUUGCUGAUUCCUCAACCAUUAUUCUCCCCUUUUGCACUCUACUACGUCUGCUGUAAAUAGCUCAGUGCAUUGUGGUGGUGCCUGGUCUGUUGGCCGAACCACACAACCGUUUAGUAAUAUCGUUUAAAACACCGAUGACGAGCUUUUCAUUUCGAGUAAGAAUUAAACAACUCUCCAUUUUCGAUCACAUUAUGGCGCCAGUGUUUUGUGUAUUCGCUGUGAGAAACGUAAGUCUGCAGAGGGGAUGAUAACUGCGCCUAGCACACACAUACGCACGGUUUAAAGAAGAUCGUGUCGAUCGAUCGAUCUCUGGUCAACAUUUGAACGGAGGGCGUUUCGUAAGGUACAUUAAGGUACGGUUCGAUUAGAUGUAAUAUGUCUUUCGCAAGAAAUUAUAUAAAUAAAACACGCAAUAAGAUUUUUUAUUCUAUACAUACAU